UAUACUGUGUGGUUCACGGCGGCUCAAUGCAGCGGUAGAAUUGGUGUGAUUUCUAUUUCGUAAUUACUUAGUAUUCGGAACUUUUCAGGCUCUGAAGAUAUGAAUUCCUUACGUUUGGUAUUUCGUCAGAAUUUGCGGCAGCUACGGCAGUUUCACAAAUGUGCUACGACUCAACAGACAGCAACAUCGGCUCAACCAGUUGAGCCACUAACAAUUCCUGUUCCUGAGGGUGUGGACAAGCCUGUGAGCGCUAAAAUUGACAAAAUAGCUAAUGACAUAACUGCGUUGAAUCUUAUUGAGGUUGCAGAACUUAGUGAUGUACUCAAAAAAAGGCUGAACCUUCCUGACGCACCCAUCAUGCCUGUUGGUGGAUUUGCAGUUGCACCUGCUGCUGGAGCUGAAGACGGCGACGAGGGGGCCGCAAAAAAGAAAGUACAAACUGAAUUCACAGUAAAACUUAUUAAGUUUGACGAAAAACAGAAGGUCGCACUGAUUAAAGAAUGCAAAAAUUUGUUGGAAGGGAUGAAUCUUGUUCAGGCAAAGAAGUUUGUGGAAAGUGCCCCAACAGUUAUCAAAAGUGAUAUUCCAAAGGAUGAAGCAGAGAAGCUCAAGGAAGCACUGGGCAAAGUUGGUGCUGUAAUUGAAAUUGAAUAAAUUGUUGAGUAGAACGAAACCAAACACAGAAGACAAUUUGUAAUUUACAACCUAGACUCUUAGUAAUAAAUGUACAUUAAAAUAAUUCAAUGUA